AUUAACAGACCGGCGUGGACUAUAAAGGGAUUGAGCUUUGCUUUCCAGGUUUGGGCGUAUGAAUUGAUUCCUGAAUUGGAAAUGGCGCCUCUGAGAUAUUGUAAGAAGAAGGACAAAACUGAAUUAGUUCCUCGUAUUUGCCGGUGGGAAUCUACUGAUAAAACCCCUGAGUUUAGAAAGUUGAAUGCGUAUAUUUUUCAAAGCAAACAGCAUGCUUCGUUACGCCUCCUACGACCAAGUGCACUCGAGCUGAGGCAAAAGUACUGGACUUGGGGAACUAAUUUUCAUGAAGAGGAUGCACCUAGUAUGGGUCCUGGAGUAUGUACGGACCUUGCUGAAGUAAGCUCUCUUGUGCAGCGAUUGGGGGAUGAGAUUGAAAUUUUGCAUUGUGAAAAGAGUGAGCAAUGGGCAAAUUUUGUAGAUUUCAAGAACGCAACCAAUCAUGGGAUGGAAGUUAUGAGGUUAGAAUUGACUGCAUUGAGAAAAAUGAUAGGUCAUGGAGGUGGAACUGUGGUUGUGCCAUCUGUUGUAAAGGUGAAACGAGUACAAAGGGAAGAGAGUGUAUGUGAGGCACAGGUUGAAGACAGUGAAAUGAAAGAUGAAAAGCUGGAUGACGAAGAGGAGAGAGAGGAUGAAGAUGAGAAGGGUGGAGAGAAGGUACAUGACGUAGACUUGUUGCAGGGAUGCUACAAUAUAUAGCUGUAUGAUUAUGGCUGAAUGUUUAACUGCCUUAGUUUUGAACUUGAGAGGUAUUACCAACCGUGUGAACACACAUGCAACACUAUUUUGUUUUGAUU